AUGAACUUUACCAGUAGACUGAUUUGGUUCCUGCAGGUAGGUAGUAAUAAUAAUAAUAAAUAAGUUUAAUAAGGUUAUUAUUUAUCACCAUGGGUUGUAAAAAUGUACUAACUUCUUAAGUAGAUAUGACGUGUUUGUAAUAUUUUUAUAAAUUUUUGUAGGUACAUACAUAGUAGUAGUUAUUGAAAUUAUUAUUUAUUAUAUUUUAUAAUACUAAUAAAAUAAUAUAAAGUUUGAUAAGAAUAAAAAUAUUUCAUAUAAAUAUGUUUACUCAUUUAUAAUUUAAUUUGUCUGUAAAUACCUGCCUGUGUUGUGAUUUGUUUUUUUUUAACCUUUUUAUGGAUCAAUAUUAAAUCAUAUUAAAUUAAUUAAUAUUCUGAUUUUUAGACAAAUUUUAGUGUAAUAUUUAUAAUAUGGGUAGAAUAUUAGAUAAAUGUACAUUUGUGAUAAUGACAGAUAAAAAUAAUAAAUUGAUGUUUGUUAUUCGUUUUUGAAAAAUUGACUAUUAUUUAUUAUUUUAGAUUUCAGAUUUACACCUUAGCAUUUUUCAUGACUGGAAACGAGUAACUGAGCUUAAAGAAUUUUGUGAACUAACUUUAGAUACUAUUAAACCAGCAGCUGUAUUAGUGAGUGGUAUGUUUUCAAACUUUGUAAAUUGUAUAACAUAAAUUAAUAUCUACUUAAAAGUUGUACAAUUACUUUUAUUGAAAUUAAAACAUUUAACUAUAUUAUUCUACAAUGUGUGUGAUGUAUCUAGAGUUGGUUCUUUCACUAUCUACUGUUUAGAAACUUCUUCUCUUUCGCCUUCAUUCCAACUAACCACUCUCGUCUUAAACUUCCAACUUAAGAAGACGUCGUACCCACAUGUGCUGUCAUACAACCAUGCGACAUAGCAAAUUUUUGUUCAGCAAGGACAACUUUGUGCUGUUAGUUUUGAUAUUAAGAUGAAUAUUAUCACUCUAAUUGUAUCGUCUUUUUUUUUUAUUAUUGUAAUUUUUAAGUUGGAUAUAGUUGUAUGAAACAUUAUGAUCAAAAAAUUAAAUUAACGAGAAAAAAACAAUAAGACGAUACAGAUAAUAUUCAUAUCUUUAAAUUGUAUAUUAGGUAAAUUCACUCUAAUACCAAAACUAACAACACAAAGUUGUCCCUGCUGAUCAAAAAUUAGUAUGUCACGCAGCCGUAUAACAGAGACAGCACAUGCGGGUACAACGUCCUCUUAACCCAAUAGUUACCCUCACAUCAUUUUUGCAUAUGCCCAUUAUCUUCAUAAUCAUUCUCAAUUACCUCUUUUUGGUCUUCCUCUCUAUCUCUUUUAUUCUACUUUUAUUUUAAUUACAAAUUUGACUGUUUCUGAUUUAUCUCUUCUCAUGACAUGCCCAAAUUAUCUCUGUCUAUUUUUUCUUAUUAUUUCUUCUAUCUAAAUCACGCCUAAACUAUCUCUUACGUACUCAUUCUUUAUUCUAUCUUCUCUUGUCACUUCAUUCAACUGAACAUUCUCAUCUCUGCUACACUCAUUCUCUAUUCUAUUUUUCUGUCUACUACCCAACAUUAUGAAUCAUACAAUCUGGUUUCACUAAAGUCUUUUAGAACUUACCUUUAAGUCCCACUUAAAUCUUCUCACAUAAAACUCCUGACACUUCACAUCCUCAUUAAAACCAAGCUGCUUAAUACUCUUAACAACUCCUAUUAUGUUACCACUUAAUAGCAUUAGCUGUCUUAUCUUGUUCCUCCAAACUUGUACUCUAUAUACUCUGUUUUACUUUUACUUUCCUCAAGCCUAUUGUUAACUUCUUCUAGAUUUUCUGUUUGACAGAAUUUUACACCGGCUGUUGAAUUGACACAACCUCAAUUUAUCACAUCUUACAAAAAAUGGUAGUACUCAAGGAGUAUCAUUAUCCCCUCUCACAACAAGGAGGGAUGAAUUCCUCCAUCCUACAGAAAACAAUACCUUAUAUCUGAAAUUAUUCACCUGGGCUUUUCAUCAACAAAAAAUUAGGGCCCCAGGUUCACUGAACUCGUAACAUCAUAUGCCCUACUGAGGUUCAUUGACUCUUUAGUAAUACUUAAAAUAUGAAAAUAUUUUGAGUUCAAGUUCAGUGUGAAUAUAAACAAUUUAUUUGCCACAAAAUAUUGAGUUUGACAUCUUUAAUAAUUAUAUAAAUAUAGGUUGUUAUAAAAAUACUUCAAAUCCCUGACAAAUUGAUAACUGUAAAUGUAUUUAUUUCUAAAUGAAUAAAAAAUGUUUUUGAUAUAGGUGAUUUAACCGAUGCAAAAAAAAAAAAUGGCAUUGGAUCAACACAAUAUGAAGGAGAAUGGUUAGCAUACCAUAAUGUAUUAACAUCUAAAAAAGUAUCUGAAAAAACUAAAUGGUUGGACAUUCGUGGAAAUCAUGGUAAAGUUUUAAAACUUAUUUAAUAUGUUUAUGUUAAAUUUAGUGUUUAUUAUGAUAUCAUUUAUUUGAUUUUAGAUAGUUUUGAUGUGAAAAACUUAGAUUCUCCAAACAAUUUUUACCGAAAAUAUUCUAAACAAGGCCAAUCACAUCCUCGAUCAUAUAAAUAUAAAGUUACCAAUGAUGCUGGAAUGAGUCUUAAUUUUAUUGCUAUUGAUGCUUGCUUGGAUCCUGGACCAAAGAGACCUUUUAAUUUUAUUGGAAACCUAGAUGAUGAUGAAAUAUUUCAAUUGAAUUAUUUAGCGAAUAAUACUAACGAUCCUAUCGUGUGGUUUGGACAUUAUCCCACUUCAUGCAUUUUUACAGCAGGAAGUAAAACUGUAAAAAAAAAAAAAAAAAAAUUAUAUCAUUGUUAGUAUAAAUACAUACAAGUUGUUUAAAUUUAGGUAAGGUCAAUUAUUGGUGAUAAUCCCAUGUCUAUUGCCUAUUUAUGUGGGCAUUUACAUACAUUGGGUGGUUUGGUACCACAUAUGUAUACAAUACAAGAUGAAGGAUUUGCCGAGUUAGAACUAGGUGACUGGAAAGAUGAAAGAAUGUAAUAAAUUUAUAAUUAAGUGUAAAAUAAUCAACUAUAGAGGUUUAUACUUGUAUUUUGUUGUAGGUUUAGAUUAUUAGCAUUUGACCAUGGUUCAUUUACGUUUAUUGAUAUACGACAUGGUCAGUGGCCAAUUAUACUAGUCACUUAUCCAAAAAUACCAUGGCUUACUAUAAGAAAUAUGGAAACUGAUGAAAAUUUAAAGACAAAUAAUAAAUAUAUAAGGUUAUUGCAUAUUUAAAAUUAUAUUUUCUAUGAUACUCAUUUGUUCUUAUUUAUUUUAGAAUAUUAGCUUUCUCUAUUGAUCCUAUCAAACAUGUUUUAGUUCAAAUAGAUGAAGAAUAUAAAUGGGUAAAUUGCAGUAAUAUUGAAGGUAGUCCUUUGUAUGUAACCGAAUGGGAUUCAAAUAGAUAUUCAAGAGGACUACAUGUAAUAAAUGUAAGUAAUUAAAAUUUAAUUAAAUACAAUUAUUGUAAUUUUACAAUGUUAAAAUUUAUCUUACAACAUUUAGGUACUGGUCAGUUUAAUACAGUGAGUCUCACCUUGUUUCACAGAUUUUUCCAGCGCUAAUAUUAAUUUUUUUCAAUCGGUUUAUCUUUGAGAAAGACAUUGGUUCGGAAAAAAAUUACAUUUUUAUUUUCAUCCCUUAACCAUACACACAAAAAAAAAAAAUUUUAUUUAUUCACUUUAGAAAAUUUUAAAAAUAUACAUUUUGUUAAAAGUAUUAUUUUAAAAAUUUUAAUGUAUUAUACAUUCAUAUCCGAUAAAUAGUUUCUUCUCAGUUACAAUUGUUUUAAUUAGGCGUGAAAAUAAUUAAUAUUCAAUAAAAUAACAAAUUAUGCGAUAAGGAAUUACAAUCAGCACAGUAAUUUACCUUCUAUUGAAUAUUAAUUUUCACAUCUAUUUUCUAGAAAUUAAAACGGCUAUAAUUAAGAAAAUAUGUAUCAGAUAUGACUGUAUGAUACAUUAAAAUGUUUAGAAUAAUAUUUUUAACAAAAUGGCUAUUUUGAAAAUUUCUAAAGGGAAUAAAUAAAGUUAUUAUUAUUAUUAUAUUUUUGUGUAUAGGUGAUGAAAAUAAAAAUUAAAUUUUUUUCUCCAAACCAAUUUCCCCUUCAAAGACAAAUCAAUUGAAAAAAAAAAUAAUUUUAGCACUAGAAAAAUCCAUCAAACAUGGUGAAACACACUGUAUAUCCAAAUAUUUUAUUUGUAUAUUUUAUUUUUAUUUAAAGUUCACAAUUGUAAAAUAAUAUGGUUGGUAUUAUCUGAAUAAUAAGUGAUAAAACUUAUUCUCACUGCACAUCUGCAAAACAGAUGUCUUCAAAAAAAUGUAUUCAAUUAUUACAAUAUCAUUAAUACAUACCAAAAUUACAUUUUUAUUAAAUUAUAUAUAGUUUAGUGUUAACAUUCAUAAUUUAUUUGGAAUAAGGGGUCCGUUGAGUCAGUUGGCAGCCAGUAUAAAAUGCGUUCAAAUAGUACAAAGAGUCCAAACUAGAUGGAUUGUCCCAUUUUGGAUGUGCAUGAGGACAAUAGAUGAGAGGAAUUAACAAAGCAACACUAUUGAACUCCGCUCAGAAUCAUUUUUCGUUAGCAAUGGUUUAUCAUUGUGUACAAAUAUACAUUAAAUUCCCAUUAAUGUUCUACCUUUCCAACUUCCGACCUACAACAGUGACUGUACCUGUCCCCAUUAUUCUAAGUCAGCUUUUUAUUAUUGUACCUGUUUUCAUAUGUUUUCUUAUGUUUUUCCCCAUUUAUUGGGAUACCUUCUGGGAAAAUCAAAAAACGGCCUUCUUUAAGUACCUCCUCAGUCAGAUAUCCUUUUAGAAAAAAUGCUAUCAUCGUAAAUUGGAGCAAAAUUGCUGAUAGAAAAUUUGUCCACAGAAAAAUAAACAUGAUUGUAAAACUAAUUCAUUCCUCCCUCCACUUAGAAUCUAAAAUUACAGAAGAAGAAGUCGAGGAUUCUGCUAUGAAAAUAAAUUAAAAAUAAAGAAACAGAAAAAUAAGAAAGUGCAUAGAGUUCUAGAGAAUAAAAAAAAUAAUUUGAGCUAAGGCAUAAAUACAGAAGGGGAGAAUAUGGUAAGUUAACCAAAGUUAAAGAUAUAUGACUUACUUAAUCUUUUAUUGUUAGUAGUAUUAUGUUGGCUAUGGUUUCUAUCAACACUGAAAUGUUUCUAAUAGAGCUAGAAAAAUGGAUCAAGCGUAUACUUAUUUUAUUUUAAAUAAAACUCUUCCUUUGGGUGUAAAAGUGAGCAAUAGUCUAUUGCUUUAUCUCAAUAGUUACUAUAAAGAGCCUAAAUCAUUGGAUAUUGCAACCGAUGUUGCCACUAUAUUGCACUUUUAACUGAGUUGAAGAAUAUUUCUGAAAACAAUUAGUCGAUUAAUGUGAAAUUGAGUAGUAUUAUGAUCCCUAGUUCAUCUAGAACCUCUUCCAGUGUUGUAUUUUGUCAAGCAGCAGAACCAAUUCCUAUUGUCUCAGCAGCUUCAAUAACAAAUCGUGUAACUACAUCAGACCAUUCUAAAUUUAUUGUUGAUUCUGGUGUUAAUAUUUCUACUGGCUUAUCUGUUGCUCCAACACAGAAAUUCCCUAACUUGUUUGUCUCUAGGUUUAACCCUAAUGCCACUACAGAUCUACUUAAAUCUGAAUUGUUCUUCGAAUUUAAUAAUAUCACAGUAACUCGGAUGGUUACUAAGCAUCCAACAUACGCAUUGUUCCAUAUUCAUUUGCCGCUUGAUAAACUUCAAGCUGUACUUGAGCCAUCAUUGGCCUUCGUUAAGUACUGCAAUUUGUUAUUACCAUUUUUUUUUUUUUAUUAUUAUUAUUAUUAUUAUCAUUUGUAAUUUAAAUUGAUUCUAUUGUUUAUUGCGCUCCAAGCCUAUUAAUAAAUAAAACAAAAUAAAUAUUUCAUACGAAGAAAGGAAUCCGAAGCAAUAAGAAUGGUAAUAAAAACAAACAGAGAAGGAAGACCAAAUAUGAAAACAGCCAGUGUAUAUGAGGAUGAUAUGUGAGAUUAGGUUAUGGGGAAAUUUAGAACAAGGGUAGACUAGCACAAAUAGUAGUGAAGAAGAAGAAGAAAAAGAGUAACCAACUUAAAAUUAGAAUGUAAUUUAUCUAAACUGCAAUCAUAAUACAUAAAUUAUUAUUUUUUUAAAAUAUUAAAUAUAUUUAGGUUUUAUAAUUUCAUGUAGGUUAAAGUUGAAGAUAUUCAAGGACGUAUACAUGAAGUUAGCCAAGCUUUUUCACUUGACAAUUCCAAACCUACAUUAAAAUUAUUUUCACAAUGGCCACUAAAUGUUUAUUUUCCUGAUGUGGUAAGUAAAUAUACAGAGUGUAACAGAACUAUUUAACAAAUAUAUCAAUAUUUUUUUUAAAUUAUCUUGGUGUUAUGUUUUAAGUAUUUUUGAAUAAGAAUUCAAAAUAAAAAAUGUACAAUUAUAAUUAAAAUUUCAAAAAAAAAAUUGAGAGCCAUUUUUGAGAAAAAUUUUGGUAGCAAAAACUUUUACUAAGUUUGAGUCAAUUAUUUUUAAACAGCUUUUAAUAUUUUAUAAAAUAUGACAUUUUUUAUGUGACUAAUUUUUGAAAUACUCAUUUUUAUUUUUCGAUGGAAUACCUAUUGUAUAAUUUGAUAAUAUUCUUAUUAUAUUAAUUCAAGCCAAGCCAUGAAUCUGAUAAAUGCUUAUCAUUUAUAUUAGUCAAUUACAUAUUAUUAGUAAAAAUAGCAAAAAAUAAAUUUGAAUUUAACUAAUUUUAAAAAUUAAUAAUUUAAUCUAAUUGAUAGUUUCUAAUACCAAUAAUAUUUUUAAAACUUAAAUUAUAAAAUAGCUAUCUUAAGUUAUAAUACAAAUAUUGAGAUUUUUUAUUUUUAGUUGUUAAGUUAUAAAAUAAAAUAUAAAAAUUUUAGUACAGAGCUCUAAUAAUUAUUGUAUAAAAAAAAUAUAUAUUUCAUAGAUAAAAUAUAUUACGUAUUUUGUUAAAUAGUCUUUUUAUACUCUGAAUUUUGUUUACAUUGUUGUUUUUUAAAUUGGUCAUAUAAGAAAAUUGAGAUUUUAUUAACUGUACAUUGUCAUAAUAAUAAUUAUAAUUUUAAAAACCUGGGCAAACUUGAUUGAAAUUUAAAGGUUUUGUGUUCAAUUUAUAUUUUCCCAAUUUUUAAUACAACAAUAUUGGCCUUGAUGUGGCACUAUAGACAUACUGAUUGCUGGUCAGCACAUGGCUUAGCUGCAUAAUUUCUUGCUUACUCCCAGAUGAAUGUAUGGAUGUUGUUGACAGUAUUAGCAAUAAACCGUGCCUACUAAUAUACACUAACAUUUACUCAUGCCAAGAUAUAAUAAGCCAUCAGCAAAAUUAAAAAUAUACAUAAAAUAGUAUUUUUAUUAAUUUAAAAAAUUGUAUUCUAAUUUAUCAAUUAUUGUAUUUGAAUGGGAUUUCAAUAAUUGAAUUCUGCAAGUAUUUUAUGAUUUAAAUAAAGCAAAUUAUUAAACCACUAAAAUUAAUAGUAUGUUGGUUAGAUAUGUACCUAUUGAAUUAGUUUCUAGAAAAUUGAAAUAUAAUAUCGUACAGUUCGAAAUUCUGUUAUUAUUAAAUAAAAUGUACUUAAAAUUCAUUGAGAAUUUAAACUUAUACAUAAUAUAUUGUUUUAUUUUUACUGGUGAUAUAUUAAUAUAUUAAUGAAAUUUAAAAGAAAUGUAUGUAUGAUGUGUUAGUUAUACUAAUAUGUGACAUACUCCAGUCAAAAUAUUUUAGCUUCUGAAUAAUGUUUUGAAAUAUUUAACUAAAUAAGUGAAUGUUAUUUAUACAGUGUAUGUUUUAUUAUUUGUAGUCAGUAUCGGCAUAGACUGAUGUUAAGGAUAUCAGAUUUUCUAUCAAAAUUAAACAAAAAUGUUUUAUGUUUGGAGUAUGAAAAACAACAUGUUUCCAACCUAUAUAUAGGUUAACUUUAAAAUCAGCUCUUAUUUUUUCAAUUUGUUAGGUUUUUUGGUUUUCAAUUUGUAGCAAAGAUUGAAAUAUUUGAGAUUUAGGGGGAAAAUCAUAUCAUUUUGCUUCUUAUUAUUGUGCAAAAUUUAUUAUCAUACAAAUUAUUUCUUGUAACACAACCAUCAUUGUUAAAAUAUUAACAAAAUGUAUGAAGUCAAACUAGUAUUUAUAUAUGUGUUCUGUUUGUUUUUGAAUUCUAAGUACAAUGAAGAAUGUAUUUAUUUUACUUUGACGUGUUUAAAAACAAAAAUAUUUUGUGCACAUAAACAACCUUUUUAUCAAAAAUAUUGCUCUAAUUUUUAAGUGUACUAUCUUAUUCGAAAGAAAAUUGUAUUUAGUUGAUGCAUUUCUGAAUUUUUUGUUUUUUUUUUUUAUUCAUUUGGAAAAACUUAGAAAAAACAGGAUAAUUUAUGACAUUAACAGUUUCAUUAUUUUUUUUCUUGUUUUUUUAUUGGAUUUGGUUAAAAAUAUCAUAGAGACCUUAAAUAUUUAUUGAAUACAUAUAUUAGCUCAUUCUAGCCACGGUGAAAUUUUCAAAACAUUCUUCCAAUUUUUAAUCUAUUUAUAGGUAUUUAACAUUUUUGAGUCUUUAAUUUUUAUUUGGUUUAUGUGGAUGAAAUUAUUUUAAAAUGCUUAAUAAUUUUACAUGAGUUUCAUCAUAAAUUAUCCUUAGUGGUAAAAAAAAAAAAAAAUUAGUGAAAUGAAGUUUUUUUUUAUGCGUUCAGAGUUUAAAUUGUUUUUCAAAAUAGUUUAGAUUCAGAUUUAAAUUUAAUAUUUUUAUAUAUACUACCUAGCAAACUUCAUACCCGUUAGUAGUAUCAGCUCUUUUUAUUUAUUGAUUUAAGUAUUAAAUUUAAUGAAAGUCAAAUUUUCUUUAUGUGAAUAUUUUAAAUUAAAUAUAUAAAUAUAUUUUUAUCAUAUAACAUAUUAAUUUAAUUAAUUCUGAUAUGGCCAAAUUAAUCAUUUUGAUAGUUUAAUUAUUAAAUUAAGAUGUUUUUGCAGUUAUUUAUGAUGUUUGUGAUUGCGUCUUUGGCUAACCUGCUGCCGCUUAUAGUUUAUCGAUUUGUUAGCAAAUGUACAAAAUGUAAGUUAUUUGUUUCUAUAGUUAACAUCAAGCUAAGUAUAUGUAAUAUUUGUUAAUUUAAAUAAUAUUUGAAUACCUAACUAUAUUUUAGUAUUUAUUAUUAUAUUACAGAUAACAAUAUAACAAUUAUUAUUAUAAGUUACUGAGAAUAUUAUUCUAAUACUUGUAUUAUCCAAAGAUUUAGUAUAAUAAUAAUUUAUUUAAUAUCAACAAUACAUUUUAAAAUAUAAAAAUAAUACUAUGAUUUUGAUGUUGGGCAUAAAGUUUGCUUCGCUUAAAUUCAGUGAUAUUUAUAUAUAUUAUAAUUAAUUAUUACCCAUUUAAAAUUACUAUUUACUGAAUUCUGUGUUUUAUGAUUUUGAAUUUGUAUACAAUAUUUUACAAGUGUAUUUAAACUACUAAGAAAAAUUAAAAUCUAUAAUUUAGUAUAUUUUUCCAUUUUUUUAUUAAAAGCUUUUAGUUAAAACUAUUAAGCUCAUUGUGUAAUGCAUAUUCAUUUUUUUAUCAGUAAAUCUCUCUCUGACAAAUUAAUACACCCACCAGAAGCAAUUUUUUUAAUAUGAUUAUAACUAUUAUUAGUAAUUAACAUUUAAGAAGGUAAUAUACUAUUCUUGUGUGGUCAAAUUAAAACUGAACACAUAAAUUUGUAACAAAUGUCUGUUUUUUAAGUUUUUUUUUUUUUUUAUGUGUGUCAGUCAACUAUAAUGUAAACUUAAAAUACAAUCAGUUAAUAAAAGAACAUUCAUUAUCAUUGGUUUUUAUUAUAAAUGAAAACAUUAUUAAUUUUAGUAAAUAUAGGAAAUUAGAAAUACAAUACUUUAGUUUGGACCUAAGUGAUGUAAAUAUAAUUAUGUACGUAUAAACAUUUUUUAACACACCAUGAGUCGCAUCAUUAUUUGUAACACAUAUGGUUGCAUAAGGUCUUUUUGACCGUUCACUUAUAUCUUAUAUUUUUUUAAACAUUUUACACACAAAUGCAUUUAUUAAUGAUUUACAAAAAUUAUACUUCAUUUAAUUACUAUAUUUUACAAUUAAAGUUUAUAUUAAUGGAAAUAUUAUACUAAAGCUUAAAGUGAAAAUAAAUUAUUAAAAAUACCGACACAAGCGUGUAAUGACUAACAUGACACGUAUAAAAUUAAACGAAAAUAUUGCAACCUUCAAUUAAUUAUUUGAAGAGAUAAGAAAUAAGUGACUGGAUAGAUUGUUUUUGUUGGUUUUUUUUAUUUAAAAUUGGACGUUGAUGAAAAUAAUACCUAACAAAAUUGAUGCCAAGUUUAGUCACACAGGGUAUUAUUGAUAGGUUAUAGAUUUUAAAAAUGACUAUAAAUUCGACAAACAAUAAUUAAAUGUUCUAAAUAGUUUUAAAAAAUAGCGUAAAAUGUACAUUAAAGGUAUCGAAUUGCAUGAGAUAAAGUAAAUUACUCACAAUGAGUAAUUAGUAAAAUAAUAAACUCACAGCCUGAAAGACCGUGACGUGACUCAUGGCGGGUUAAGUAAAAAACAGUUAUGUCCAUUAACUUAAUAUUUUUUACAUUAUGUUAAUUAAAAUAAAUAUACAUUUGUUAUAGAUAGAGUUAACUACAACACAAAGUCAUCACUGAUCGAUAGGUACUCAAGAAAAAUGAUUUUAUUAUCAAGUGUGAAUCGUGUAUUUUAUCCUCUACUAUUAUUUUAUGUAUAUUUGUGUAUAGGUAAUCAUUUAAUUUUAUAAUAAUUUAAUAAUUUAUUUUUAUAUUUGACUUAUUUAAUUGUUUUAUUAGGUCCUUGGGCUGUGGGAGAACUUGUUACUGAUUUAUUAGGAUGGGUUUUUCCUUGGGGUAUAUAUAUUAAAGGAAGGCUAGUAAAAGAUUCAUUUAUAUAUGCUUAUGGAUUUGGACAAGUAAGCUUAUUACAAUUUAUUGUUAAUACAUUAUAAUAUUUUAUUUUACAUUUAUUCUUCUUCUCCUUUGCCUUCAUCCCAACUAUUUGGGAUCGCCCCCCCCCCUCAUUCUAAACUUCCAUUUGAUCCAAUCUUCCACCUCACAUACACCAACUGUCCUUGAAUCAUUAUUAUUAUCUUAUUUAUUAAUUGCUAUUUUUUUUAUUUUUAUUUUUGUUAGAUUGUAACAUUUCAGUUGCCUCUUAAUUGUAUACUUUGUGACCGACUCAAUAAAAAGUAAUCUAUUUUUUGUUUACUUUAAAAUAAGGACAGAAUAAAAAUAAUAUAUUUUAAUUUUGAUUUUAGAAUGCAAAUAUUGCCAAAUAUGCAAUAUACAUUUUUUACUUCUCCAUAUAUUUAUAUAGAUAUGAUUUUUUUCAUUCUUAUAAUUUGGCAAAUUGUGUGUUGCUUAUGGUUUUUUGGAGCAUAUGGUUGGAUAGCUACUAUAUUUGGUCCAUUAAAAACAUGGUCAAUAUUUAUUGCACUUUGGCUUUGGAAUGAAAUUAGGAAAAUAUCUAUAAAUGAAUUAAGAUGUGCAACAGGUAAUACAUCAUCAAUCAAAUAAAUAAUAAACCCUUAUGUUUAUUUUUUUAAUUCAUAAUUUUCUUAAUGAAUUAAAUAAUAUAUAUUUUGACAUUAAUAAUUGGUUUAUUUUUUGUGUUUUUCCAAAACAGGAGCAAUGGAAAAACUAAACCAAAAUUAA